AUGAAGAAGGAAGAGGAAGGGGAAGAUGGAAGAAGAAAGAAAAGUGAAGAAGAGGAAAGAAGAAGAAGGAAGAGGAGGAGGAAGAAGAAGGAAGAAGAAGAAGAGGAAGAAGGGGAAGAACAGGAAGAAGGGGAAGAACAGGAAGAACAGGAAAAAGGGGAAGAAGAGGAAGAAGAUGAAGAAGGGGAAGAAGAAGGGGAAGAAGAGGAAGAAGGGAAGAAGAGGAAGAAGGGGAAGAAGAAGAAGAGGAAGAAGGGGAAGAACAGGAAGAAGAGGAAGAAGGGGAAGAAGAGGAAGAAGGGAAGAAGAGGAAGAAGGGGAAGAAGGAGAAGAAGAGGAAGAAGGGGAAGAACAGGAAGAAGUGGAAGAACAGGAAGAACAGGAAGAAGAGGAAGAAGGGGAAGAAGAGGAAGAAGGGGAAGAAGAGGAAGAAGGGAAGAAGAGGAAGAAGGGGAAGAAGGAGAAGAAGAGGAAGAAGGGGAAGAACAGGAAGAAGUGGAAGAACAGGAAGAAGAGGAAGAAGGGGAAGAAGGGGGAGAAGAGGAAGAAGAGGAAGAAGGAGAAGAAGAGGAAGAACAGGAAGAAGAGGAAGAAGGGGAAGAAGAGGAAGAAGGGGAAGAAGAGGAAGAAGGGAAGAAGAGGAAGAAGGAGAAGAAGAGGAAGAAGGGGAAGAACAGGAAGAAGUGGAAGAACAGGAAGAAGAGGAAGAAGGGGAAGAAGGGGAAGAAGAGGAAGAAGAGGAAGAAGGAAAAGAAGAGGAAGAAGGGGAAGAACAGUGCUAAAUGUGUUGUAAAGUGCUGA